AUGCCCUCAGCCGCCGAAAAACUGAGUGACAUCCACCGCGCCAUUGCCUACGUGAAACGCUCACGCGGGUCCAUUGUCUCGAAACCAGAGAUUUUGGACAUGGUAAUGCUAAACGCCAUGCUGCGCCAAGAAGGCACACCCGCUGCCAGUCGCAGUACCAACAUGUCCUCUUGCGCAACCAAGGUGUUCUCCCGACGAUACAUCAAUGAGUCGCUCGGCUUCUGCGCCGAAAGCAUGAACCGGUUCAAGCCGUUUGGAAAGGGUGAUAUUACAGUACCUGGGGAUACCACGAUCAAGGCCACAACGACCCGAGACAUGUCCUCGCGUACAAGGCUCCCAACCACCCCGGAGAUCGUCGACGCAAUUCAAGAGUUCGUCCGCAUCCGCCGCCAGUCUCGUCAACGUACCGUCGCAAAUGACGUCGCCCACUUCUAG